AUGGAAUAAAUUGGAUUAGAUCUGAUUACUCCAAGCAACAAGAAUGCUCUAUAUUAGAAACAAACAAGCCAUGACUGAGUCAGAAGGAGAGGAUGCCUUAGGAGUGCAGAGACCAAGAAAUGUUACCUUCCAAGGUCUAGAGAGGAGCGGGUACCCCGCCCCUCCAGGGACUCCGCCCAUGGACUAUAGAAAACGCAAAGGCAUCAAGAAACUCAUUGGAAAAUUAAAGCGUAGUGGGUCAGCAAAUCUUCACAAUGGUGAUGAUGAUGAUGAUAUCCACCCAGUAGAAUUCUCAAGGAACAAUCGUUUUAGAGCUACAGCAGGACCUAGACUAGCAUGGUCUAGGGACCUAAAGAAGAAUGAAAAUGGGACCAAUGACUUGAACGCUCCAUUUGCCAAGUGGGACAGUGAGCAGGUUUCUGAUUGGCUCAGAGGAAUGGGGCUCGCUCAGUAUGCUGCAUCUUGUAGAGUCUGGGUGAAGAAUGGUGGAACAUUACUUGCUGCUGCUCCUCUAGAACUAGAAAAGUACUUGGGUCUAAAGAAUCCACUCCAUCGUAAGAAGCUUCAGCUAGCCCUUCAGGCGAUGGGAUCAGAGUGUGAAGACAAACAAGGAGACUUAGAUUACCAUUGGGUGACCAGGUGGUUAGAUGAUGUAGGACUACCUCAAUAUAAAGAUACCUUCCUUGAAGCUAAGGUUGAUGGUAGAAUGCUACAUUACAUGACAGUGGAUGAUCUGUUGCUGUUAAAAGUAACAAGUGCCUUUCAUCAUGUGAGUAUCAUGCGGGGUAUACAGUGCCUGAGAUUACACAACUUCCAUCCAAGCUGUCUGCGGAGGAGACCAACUGAUGAGCCGUGGUAUAAAAACCUUAAAAACAUGCCUCCUUGGAGUAACGAGAUGCCUUAUGAAACAGGAACCCAAGUUGCACUAUGGACAAAUCACAGAGUAAUGGAAUGGUUACGAUCAGUUGAUCUAUCUGAAUAUGCUCCUAAUCUGAGAGGCAGUGGGGUCCAUGGUGGAUUAAUGGUCCUAGAACCUCGUUUUACGGCAGAAACCUUAGCCUCCAUCUUGUGUAUCCCAGGGAACAAGACGUUACUACGACGACAUCUUAGUACCCACUUUAUCUCUCUGAUUGGUCCUGACAUUCAGCAGCAGAAGAGAGAAGCAGAGAAACAACCCAUGUUUGUACCUCUUAACUUCCUAGCAAAGGUCAAGCCUAAAAAGCGAACAUUUGGUAAGAGCAGGCGAUGGACUGAAAUGGAAGACUACGUCUGUCCAAUGGACCUUGGUCACCCCUCUAGUUUGAAUGGAAUGUCCCAUAUGAAUGGCAACCGGCCUCCUCCACCCUGUUACAAGGUAGAAGUUAGGAGUGCUGACAUGGUUCACAGACAGAGGGAUGAGGAUCAGACAGAUGGACAAGAAAUGAAAGAAGGAACUGCUCAAAAGUUUGGUGCCCUGUCUCAAGAAAUUGAUUCUUUGACGACUAUGCUUUCAGAUGCUGAUGUGGAUAGGAGCACGCAUGUGUGAUGUCAUCAUGCCAACCUCUCCUCCACAGGAUGGCAUUGGAUACAAUCAACAACCUCUCAUCCAGCUAUGUUGCCUUUUAAAAAAAGUUUUUAGAAAGCUGAAUUUAAGUCUCACUUUUACCUAUUGAAAAGUCACCUUACUAACUAUUGACUGCAAAAAUGCUACUCUGUGAUUUGCUGAUUAAAAUGUUACUUUUUAUGGCAAUAACAUGUGAAUUUAAGCUGGUUGAAUGCAUAAAUGCCUCUUUUUUAUUGGUUGAUUACAUUAAUGUUAAUUUUUAUGUCAAUAUCAAAUCUGCCUUUAAAGUGAUUGAUUGAAUGUUUGUUAAUCUUUUGAUUGGCUUAUUAAUGUCAGUGUCACUCCAUUCUGAUUAAUAAUUGAUUGCAUGAAUGCUUUCUUUGAUUGGCUGAUUAUGUUGAUUCCAUUGAUGUCAUUUUUGAUAGCAAUAUAAUAGCUUCCAAAAGCACAGUAUUGAGGCAACAUUAUUUACAAUCUUUGCUUUAUCUUCACACUCAGAAUUGAUGCAUUCAAACAAAACUUGCAUUCACAUACAACCUUUAAUAGCUUUCAAACCAUGCCAUCAACCAAGACAUCAACAAUAGAUUCUUCCUGUUUGGUGAUCAUAUAGUUACUGGGGUAUUCAAUAAGAUACCAACCCCUAUGUACAUCAAACAUGCCAUAUCUCUAAAUUUGAGUUCACUUCAUAAACUACAAAAGUCAUGAUAAUUUGAGGGCAUUACACCAUUUCAUAUGAAGCACAAACCAGAGUCAUUUCAUUCAGAAUUAUCCAUCACAAAGAGUGUGUAAUCUACAUACUUAAUUGAAUGCCUUUCCUUCAAUAUCAUCAAUGAACUAACAUGAAAGAGACACGGACUUUGAACCACAUGGAUUGACUUAAUACAGCACUUCAUCUAUUGAAAUCAGCUUUUGAUUUUAUGUUUACUCUUCCUUAUACCUUGGUCACAUUUGUUCUACGGCGAGUCGAAAACAGUCGUUUUAUUCAUUUUUAUUCAAACCACCUAUAUGUAGCUGGUACAAAAAAAAUGUAAAAACGACUGUUUUCGACUCGCCGUACGGCCGCCGUAGAAGAAAUCUGACCAAGGUAUUAGGCACUGUUAUGGGCCUGCCAACUACUCCUUUUUUCCAGGAGUUACCCCAUUUUAAAGAUUUUCUAUCAACCAAAGAGAAGAACACCAGUUUUCCAUUUAUUUCAGAUAAAAGUAAAUCAGCCAAUAUAUGUAUUUGUGUGGUGGGUUAUGGGUUUAAGAGUAAUAUAGUUUUUCAAAACUUGUACUUUCUCAAUGCAUAAAUAUAAGAAUGGUAAGCAUGUCUUGAUUUAAGUGAGGGAGACACACCUGACAUUGAGGAGAAAAUUUUGCACCUCUCAAUUCGGACUACUUUUUUUCAUUUUCAAAUGUUGGCAGGUCUGCUAAUAAAUAAAAACACUAUUAUAAAUUCGAUCAUAAAUGUAGUCUAUGGUGUACAAUAAAGUUACAACCCAUUGUAAAUGUUCAUUGUAACUCUUCAUCUUUCCCAUAGACUGCAAAAUACAAUGUCAAACACGCCUCAUUGAAAUAGAAGAAAGAAAGAAUAUAAAAACCUGUGUGAAGUAUAUUCCUAUCAACUGGUUCAAGUGCAUUAUUUGUUUUAUACCUUGAAUCAUAAUCCCUAUUGAUGCUAAAAGUUUAAUAAUAAAAAAUACACAUGUUCUUACUUUGUAUGCAACAAGUAUUUCUAUGUCUGUUAUAUCUCUGUUCCAAUUUAUUUGUAUAUUAUUGUUCAUUCAUAAGAUAUCAAGUUCUUCCAAUUUAUGUGUUGAUUGUGAGUAAGAAUGAUUAUGAAAACAUAAAUGCAUAUUUUAAGUGACUUCUUAUGAUUUAGAUUAUUUCAUGGAGCUGUCUGUUAUGUCCAUUAGAGUUUUAGCAAACUGAAUAUCCACCAACCAGGGCCCUGUUGCAUAAAAGUUAUUAUUAUAGUAACUUUGCCAUCCAAUGGUAAAUACCAUGGUAAUGAUGAUAACAGCCAAUCAAAAUCAAGGAUUACAUGAAUGUAUCAUUGGAUUGCAAAGUUACCACAAAUAAAUGAAUAAUGAUUGCUCAUAAUGGAUAAACUGCUGCUACAAAGUGAUCUUGAGAGUUAAAAGGCCUACUUCUUUACCCCGAGACCAAAAAAUAGUUGGCUUAUAGUUCAUUGUGGGGUAACACUUUUACUAAUGCCUGAAUAAGAGAACAGUCAAUAUUAUAAACCAAUCAUUUAUUUGAGCAGGGCAAUAGUAAACUAUUACCUUAUUCAAUCAUACCAAUUAUAUACAACACAGGGGUGUGAGAGUUCAGAUUUUUAUCUGAAUUCUGAUUUUUUUUUUUCAGCUUAAUUUCAGCUUAUUUUGACUAACCUCUGUACAAAAUGUAUGGGAGCUCUUUCUAUUUCAGACUUUUUCAGCACUCUUCAGCUUUUUUCAGAUCUUUUUAUUUGUGACCACUCACACCCCUGACAACAGAGCAUUUAGGGCAGCCAGGGGUCAUCCCCAUCUUAUGUAUUUAGCUGAUCCUUCAUUAGCCUGUGAGAGAAUGUUUAUUGAGUAAGCAUCAAAAUAAUGGAAUGAUAAGCCACUUUAUACAAUUCAACAGUCGUCAUCAGUAACUAAAAGUGUUGAAUACCCAUCUAAUUCAGUUCAAUGAUCUGUAAAUGUCUGUCUAAACUACAUGUAUUUCCUUGUAAGAAUUCCCCUUGUUUGUUUGUAUUGCAUAAUUUUCACAUCUUGUAUAUGAAAUGCAGAAAACUUUGGCUUAGUUGAAUCUCUUGUGGUCACAUAAACCUUUUUAACUGCAUGUAGAGGAAUUUGACAUAGCAGGGGUAUACAUUGUGUCCCACAAAAAAGUUACCCAUUUUCAGAAAAGGAGUUCACAAUAAUUGAAUAUGUUUUUGUUAUAAAUUUGGCACUUAUGGUGAGAGUGGAAUCUCUUAAGACCAAAACCUUAGCAAAUCAUUCACUCAUGGCAUAUUACAAACAAUAAACAAUUAGGCAUAUCAGAAAAGAUUUGCGCAGAAUCUCAAGUGUGAAUCUGCAUCCGCUCUCACUUCAGGGAUCAGUGAGAGAAGCUUAACAAAGAAUACAAAAGAAAUGCUAAUGAGCCAAUAGUCAAUUAAGCAAUGUUGUAUGUUUAAUCAAUCUUGACCAAUUUUUUUGUGCAACUUAAUUUUUACAUUGAAAUUUCAAACUCAUCUUGCUCAUUAAUGGAUGAGGUAUUCCUCUCAUAUUAGGUAUCAAAAUAUGGAAGAAUAACUGUAUUUUAUGAGGUUGUAAAUGAAAUCAUCAUAAUUCACUGGUGUUUGAAGAAACAAGACAUGGGAAUCCUGGUUUCCUUUUUCUAGGACACACUGUGUAACACAUUUAUUGCAUAAUGUGGUCUAAAAGGCUUUGAUUUGGACCAAUAUUAGACUUACUGUAUGGAUGGUUGACUUAUGCAAGAUACCUCUAUAUUAUAUUUUUUGCAAUAUUAUGCCUCCAUUAAUGAUCACAGUUCAGACUUUUAUCAACUUAGUUUCAGCCUUUGAAAACACAGUUUUGAUGUACAAAAUAGCUCAUUCUAGAUGAUUUUCAUACUUUUAAAAUAUCAUUCUCAGUGGCAUUCCUAAAUGUUUGCUUCCAGGGUAAUACACAUUUUAACCCUAUCAUCCUUGCUUAAGAUGUUUGGGUCAUAUGGCUCAAUGGAUUGAUAGAAAAAUGAUAGAUUACAAAUAAAAGGAAUGAAUAUUUUUAUUUGAAUGAACUCAGCCGUAAUAAUGACCUCUAUAAAAAUUCAUGUUCAUAAUAAAACAAAAAUGAGAGGAAUUCAUUAUGUAGUCCUUUAUCCUUUAUCCCCAUUGCUCACCUCAAUAUAGCAGUUGUAGUACAAUGUCUUUUUUUUUACUUGAAAAAAAUAUUCAUGAAAUUCCCCUUUUAAUUGAGUUGACAUUCCAACCCUGUGGCCAUAUGUAUUCAUCGUGUGCAUUGCUGUGACCAAGAGCGCUGGGUUAGACAAUUUAGACUGGGUAAAUGAAUGUAUGGCUGCAGUGAUUUUACAGUGGGUUUAUGGUUCACUGGAUUAUUUGUACUUGAAUAAGAUUUACUCAUUUCCUAGAAACCACAUCCAUUAUUAAAACAAACUCAUUGUAAACACACAAUAUAUGUCCCUCUCCCCUUCUCCCCUCACUUUUGUUUUCUCCUUUUGUCUGUUUUCUCACCUUUCUCUCUAUCACCUCUCCCAUUUCAUUUUUCUUUCUUAUUUUCCUCUCUAGAUAUUUGCCUCUCACCUCUCUAUUAUAUCCCUCCCUCUAUCUCUCUCUCUCUCUUCUUUUUCUCUUGAUUGUCCUCAUACCAUUAUCUAAUCCUUGCCUGAGAUAUCUCUUCAGUCACAAGUUAUGUGUAUAUUCGGCACAAAUUUUCUGUAUACAUUUUUUAUACACUUUUGAAUUGAUUUUGUAUUAUUUAUUUGUGUAUGUGUAAAUGUUUAAUCUUCAUACUAUUAUUUUGUUCCUGUUUUGUUUGUACGUGAACAUUAUCAAUUUGUUUUUACUACAUGACUUUGUGGGAAAAAUCCUUUUGUUUUGUUUGUAUAUGUACAUUAUCAGUUUGUUUUUACUACAUGAUUUGGUGGUCAAAAUCCUAGUGGAAGUUGAAUGCUAUUUAAAACCCAAUACUGUUACUACUACAAGUUUUUAUAAGCAAAGAGUGGACAUUUUCUGAACAUGUAAAAGCAAGAAUUUAUUUAUUUAUCAUACAGUAUUUGAGUGUGUUGUAUGUUGAUUAUACAUGUUAUAGUAUGUGUAUUUAUAUUUAAACCUGAUACUUCUGUCUUUUUUACACUCUGAAUAAAACCACCAUACAUUUUUUCUCUACAUGGCAAGUAUGUGGUUCAUGAAUCUGAGCAACAUAUCCAGUGUAUUGUACAUAUCAAGACAUACCAUAGUGUUAAGUGGGGGAAUACUUUCAGUAAGUUAACUCUUUCUUCUAUAGAAAAUGCAAGGCAUUAGGGUAAAAGCUCUGUAGCAAAAUUAUGUUUAUUGCUAUAGUAGUUCUGUUUGUGGCACUAAAACCAAAAAAACAUGUAUGUGUGUAAGGCUGACAUUUUGAGCACAGGUUUAUCACCGGGUGCAAUUAGAACUCGUACAUUAUAGCUGUUCUGGUAGGUGUUUCAUAAAGCUGUUCGUAAGUUAUGAAUGACUUUACAUGACUGGUGAUCCUUUCUUGUGCUAUAUAAUACAUGUAUAUCCCUACAGUGUAGCUGACUUAACACCAAAGAUCAUAUUUCAUUUGUGCCUAAAGUUGUGGGUAAUGAUUAUGAACAGCUUUAUAUAACACUCGCCUGUUGAUUGAUGAUGAUGAUGAUCCACAGCAUUUAUAUUGCGCCAUUUAUCUGUUAAAAACAUUCAAAGGCGCAGGCUCAUCCAAAAAGUUAAUCACUACACAUCUGCCGAAAUAAGUGAGUUUUGAGAGACGGUUUAAAGAGUUCUAUGCCGUCAAUUUCACGAAGUGAAGAAGGGAGGGAGUUCCAAAGGCGUGGAGCGAUAGAAGAAAAGGCACGGUCUCCAAAUCCCCUUAGGUGUGUGAUGGGUACAUGAAGAGUGAUACCAGUACCAGAUGAGCGCAAGCCAGGACGUACACGGAGUUGUUCUAUAAAGGGAGGUCACGUAUCCUGGAGCUACACCAUGCACAGCCUUGAAAGUAAGGAGAAUUUUGAAUACGAUCCUGUACUUAAUUGGUAGCCAAUGCAAUUGUGAUAAUAGGGGUGAGGGUGAAUAGGGGUGAGUGCAUGCUUAUUUUCCACAAUUUGUUUUUGAUAAUGCUGCCUUAUGUUUUAUUUUCUUUUUCAGAAUCCCCUUCCCCCCCCCCCCUUCCCCUCCCGAAUCCCUAAUUGCUGUUUUCUCCUUUGACCAAGUAUUUCAGUGCCUAUAGUUUAAAAUAAUGCCUUUUUUAUUAUCCAUUGUCUAUAUUUUCCCCUAUGAAUUUUUUGCUUUUGUCAGUUUUGGUAACAUUACAUUUGUUUGUUGAAGUGCUGAUUGUUGCAUUUAUAUGGAGGGGGGGGGGGUCAAAGCAGAUUUACAACAGGGUCAUAACAGUGCCAGAUAUAUUAAUCACAAUUGAUAAGAUUUUAAAAUGAUCAAAUUAUUGAUGUAAACUUUAAAUUUGAUACAAUUUUGGAUUGCACUCAGUAAAUGGAUUUGCAAAAAAGGAAAGAAAUAGCUAUCAGUCAAUUGAAGUUGAAAUAUUUGAAAUUUUGUUAUAAUGAAUUACAAAGAGAAAUUACAAGAAUGUAUGAUUUCAUUAACAAACUCGUUGCAAACCACAAUAUAGUGCACUGAUAACUGUUGUGUGAAAUUGGGCAAAAUUCAAAUGUCAUAAAUAUCUGUCUUUUUUUUACAUCUGAUUUAGGUGGAAUUAUCAGUAUAUGUCAAUUUGAUGAUUAUCUAUUUACAUAAAUCAAUUUGUUGUUAUGAUCACAUUCUGUAAGCCUUCCUGGUAUAAACUACAAGCUUGAGCAUUGAAAACACCCAACGCAAAUCACGUCAUAUUCCAUAUUUUUUUAAUGAUAUUUAUUCAUCUGUAAGUAAAAUGUUCAAUGGGUGUGUUCUUUUACAUUUCAUCAUCAAUGGUGGUUAGAAUGCCUCUUGUUUUCAAUGCAAACAGAAAAGAACUAUCAAAGCCUUUUUUUUACCUGACACUUAUUAUAUAUUCAUGAUGUUUUUUAUUGGUGGUUGAACUUGAAAUGAAAAUAGCAAGCGUGAUAUGUUUGCUCAAGCAUUUUUUUCCCUCACAAUCUUUUGUUUGUUAAAUUCCAGAAUGAAAUGUGAACCCACCCUCAAACAUCUAAUUGUGAUGUUCUAUGAUAAUUGGUGUGUCAUAAAUGCUGUUAUUAGAUGAAUGAUGAUAAUAACAUUCAUACUAGACCCCAUUUACACUAUAAAUGCUCAAAAGGCCAAAUGCAGUUUGGGUGCACAUUUGUCCCAGCUCUGUCUCAGCUUUGUCUUUUUAUCACAUUGAAUUACCACAGACCCAAAUGUGACUCCGCCUAGAGCUACCCAUAGGUCCUGUAGAGCCCCUCUCCGACAGAAUAUUGAAUUGUAGACCUUGCUGAGCCUGCCACUGUAAAUGUAUAAAAUAGAGAGGCCGGUUACUACGAUUAAGCCCGGUCUCAUCCCGGCCCUGCAGUGUAAAUGGGGCCUUAGUAUUCAUGUUCAUACACUUACAUGUAGCAUUAACAUAGUAGUUUACACACACCCCUUAGAAUGUGAAUCCAUUGAUGAUUUGCACACACCAAAUCAAACUUACUAUAGUAGGAAAACUAUUAACAAUUUACCAGGGGAGGGGGGAUUAUUUGUUGGUCCCAUAUACUUCUAUUCCUGUAGGCAUUGUGGUUAUACAUCUCUCUGUGUGCACGUUACUCUUUUAUUUCAGAGUAAAAAAUGCCCUUUUAUAAUUGAGUGUCUGUUUUGGUUCAAUUUCUUUCUUCUGUUCAUUUGUUGUUUUAUUUCAAUACUUCUGUUGAAGUUCAACUCACUGUAUUUUUUUUUGUAAGUUGGGGAUCUCAUUGUACUUUCAUUUGACUUAGUAUUUAACUUUUCUGUCCUACUUGUUUAAAGCAUCUUCAAUUGAGACAUGAUGGGCCCUUAUAUUUUAUUGGUUUAUUUUCAUUAUUACCUUUGAAAAACAUGAAAUUAGAUGAGAUUACCAUCAAAUUGUUUGCAUGGUUGGUCUUUGGUCAAGAAUGGUUUAAGUCAGCAAGGGGAGCAUAUCAUGAAACAAAGAUUGAUUUCAACUGACAACUGUUAUAAGCUACUGAAAUCCUUGCAUCUGAUUGGCUCAGAACACAUUAGUCAGUGAAAAUCAUUGACUUUUGCUUCAUGAAACGCCCCCCUUAAGAUGAGAAAUCAUUGGCAUACUGUCAUACAUGUUAAUUUCUCAUGUGUAUAGUUAGUGACUUUGAAAUGCUGUCUUCAAACCUAACCUGUGAUUGUAAUGAUGUAUAAUCUUGUAGUUGAACACUAUUUUUGUAUCUUGUACAGCAAACGUACUUAACCCGUUAUUUUUAGGGUACAUCUUGUAAAUACAAACUUAAAACAAAGAUUUUUGGAUGAAAUAUGGAUUGCUAGCCAGAUAGGAGAGAGAUAUAGACCAUCUGAAAUGCCUGUAGUGAUAACAUUGCAAAUAAACUUAAUUUAAUCAAUA